AUGCCUGACGCUGGCGCCCAACUCACAGACACAAAGCUGCUGCAGCACUUCGCCACGCUUGCGCAGUACCAGCACACGCGCGAGCGCAGCAGUGCAGCACUCAAGCAGGCUUUUUUUGUGCUCGCUCAGGCCAGGCGAUCGGCCGGGUACAGUCGCAUAUCACCUGACCAGUAUAGUGGCCACGCACAGCCCAUAGCCACGGUCAACAUCAAUGCUAUGGAACCAGAUUCUUCGAGUAUUACUAUGACUGUGGCCCGUCGCAAUGAGGACAGUAGUGGUGUGGAUCCGCUUUUGUGGUUCGGCAUGUUGGUGCCGCCGACGCUGAGGGAGGCCCAGAGCGGCUUUGUCGACGCACUAGACGGGCUUGUUGCGCUGGCACAGAUGAAGCAUGAGCUGGAGCUACAGGCCGAGGCAAUCACAAAGUUGACUCAAGAAAACUCUAUAAAGGAUUGA